GACAGCCAUCAAUGAAUAUUCACCAAAAGUUAUUAUUGUCGGGGUUUUUAUCUAGAGGAUUAUACUUGGGAACUGUUUGGAAUGUGGCCAAGGAGAAAAAUUACACUUUUCACAAAGACCACUAGGAGGCGACAUUGAGUUAAAUAUGGCGUAUGACUGAUGGCGGAUAGUCUUCACAUGGAUUUAAAAAAGAUCCCUUUGCAAUGACAAAUGCACUUGUUUUACUGCUGGGUCUUGAACACAAUUUACAAGUUACAUGUAUCUCACUAUAUUCCCAUUGACAAUUACAUUAAUGACUGAAAUUUAGUCAGGUCCCCAGAUGGUUUAGUAAAUGAUCUUUCCCAUUUAGUAAAAAAGCAGUGGAACAGACAUUUUAAGACUCAAUUACGACCUUUACAAUCAAAAUCAACUUCAACACAUUCGCGUUUUUUCCGUAGUCAUGCAACUGAAAAACAAGAACAUGAAAGCUAGAAAAAGGAGAAACAUUUUUUAUAGAUACAUAAUAUACAUGUGUAAACAGUAGUAUAACAUUAAAUAAAAUAAUGAAUACAUAAAAUAAUUGAAAAUAAUUAGGUUUACAAUUCUGUUUAUUAUUCAUGAUUUUGUUUCGUUUUAUAACGUCCCAUAUGUAUGGAAUAUAUCAAAUAACAUCAAGGAGCAUACACUGUAUGUUGUGGGGUGAUGACAAGGUCUGUUGACCGCGGUACCCUGAAAACCGAGUCGGAGUGAGACCUCCUCCACCACACACUCUCUCUGUCUCUGUCUCUCUCUCUCUUUCUCUUCCGGUGACGUUCCACAUCCAACCGCUCUCCAGCUGCUAGCCUGCUAGCUAGCCGCUAGCUUGCUAGCUGACAGCUGACCCACCGAGCUACAUCCUCCUCCUCCUCCUCCUCCUCCGCCUCAGAAGGCAGCUGAGCGGAGAGCCGUGACUGAAACCCAUCGCCUCAAUGUAUCUCCCGUAGCCGCGGUGGCAGCGACAGUGACGGUCUGAGGUCUUCGCUAUGUAGCCAGACGGUUGACAAUAUCCGUAGUUAAUGUCAGUGUGAUUCGUGCGCCGUAGCUAUUUCCUCCAGUAGCUAGCCCCCCCCCCCCCCCGCCCACCUCCCCCUCCCUGUACCCGGGACAGACGGCGGCAGCUAGUCGCCACUACAGGAGGAUGCUGAAGCUGUUCGGUGCGCUGGUGUUCCUCGGGCUGGCUCUGGCGUGCAUCACCUCCUGGGUGCUGGACAGCUACGACACGGCUUGGCACCCGAAGCGGAGCGUUCGGCAGCCGGCUGUCGGCGAUGGAGAAGCGGGGAAGUCUCCACCGUUCCCCGGCGGCGAGUUGGGCAAUAUAUUCUGGUUUAUACAGGUCUCUGACAUUCACAUUAGUCGAUUUCAUGACCCGAGACGCAUUCCGGAUUUUGAAAAGUUCUGCACUGACACAAUCAAGGUGAUCCAGCCGGAUCUGGUGCUCGCGACAGGAGAUCUGACAGAUGCCAAAACGGAGAGCAAGGUGGGCUCCCUGCAGCACGAGGUGGAGUGGCAGGCCUACCACAACAUCCUGAAGAGGUCGCGUGUGAUGGAGCGCACCAGGUGGAUAGACAUCCGGGGAAACCAUGAUGCCUUCAAUAUUAUUUCUCUGGACAGCGUCAACAAUUACUACCGGAAAUACUCUGCUAAUCAGAAAGUAGGCUCCUUUCACUACGUUCACAAAAAACCCUUCGGCAACUAUUCCUUUGUCUGUGCGGAUGCCACUCUGGAUCCAGGACCCAAGAGGCCGUACAACUUCUUUGGUAUUCUCAACCAGACCCAAAUGGACUUGCUGGACACGUUCAGAGUAGAGAGUCUGAAAAGCAACCAGUCGAUCUGGUUCGGCCACUACACCACUUCCACUGUCGUCUCUCCGGCUCCGGGACUUCGGGACGCGAUGAGAUCUGCAGUCGCAUAUCUGUGUGGCCACCUGCACACCUUGGGGGGCCUGAUGCCCGUCCUCCACAGCCGACACCCUCAAGGCACCCUGGAGCUGGAGCUGGGCGACUGGAUGGACAACCGCAGGUACAGGGUUCUGGCCUUGGACCACGACCUGCUGAGUUUCUCUGACCUGAGGUUCGAGCAGUGGCCCGCGGUGCUCAUCACCAACCCCAAAAACGCCCAGUACCUGCAUCCCGGAGUGGAACCGCUGGGCCGAAUACGGAGAUCGACACACAUCAGGAUCUUGGCCUUCUCAGAGGCCCCGAUCACAGCGGUGCAGGUGAGCGUAGAUGGGGAACCUCUGGGGAACGGCCACUCGGCCGGAGGUCCUCUCUACGUUCUGCUGUGGGAUCCGUCUCUCUACCUCACCGGACUGCACACCAUCAGGGUGAACGUGAAGGACUCGGCAGGCCGGGCAUCAGUGCGGGAGCAGCACUUUACUCUGGAGGACGACCUGACUCCGAGCUUUGGUUUUGCUCAGUCCUUCGUCCUCCUCACAGACCAUUACGUCCUGGCCCGAGUGGCCUUCGUGUUAACGAUUCUGCUGAACGUCGGGGUGCUGAUGGCCUUCAGGUUCCUGCGGGUUCCCUCUGGGAGAGGAUUGACAUCUCAAGCAUGUACGUCGCUCCAUCUGGUCAGCACAAUGGACUCCUUCUACUACUCUCUGCUGCUGUUCAAUCUGUGCACAGCCUUAGGUCCGUGGUUCGUAGGAGAGCUGAUAGACGGCCAUAGUGGGGCCUGCUUUGCCUUUGGGGUGUUUGUCGAUGGACACUUCCUGGAGGGCAGCCUCACUUAUGUUAUUGGAGUUGUUCAGCUGCUGUUCUUCAACAUGCCCCUCACCUGUUAUCUCUGCUGGAGCCUCCACCACCGUCGCCGCGGCAACACCUUCCGAUCCCACUUCCUGCGGCCGGGCUGCCGCUUGUGGACUCUGGCCGUUCACCUCGUCAUGCUGCUGCUGCUCACCUGGCAGGUCCACUCCUGCUACUUUCUCCUGCAGACCUACGGCCUGAUAGCCUUCUUCCUGUCUCCAGUCCGCACGUGGGCGUUGGGGCUCAGUCUGCUGUUGAUCUACCGCGCCUGGACAGGCCCCGCCCCUCCCCUACGCGACAACGGCAAGAGCGCCACUCCCUCUUGACAGUAAUCUCACUGUGCCACCCCGACUCCUCUCGAGGCUGACUCGGCAGCUCCUACCCCCCCUCCUUCUACCCCUCCUCUUUAAAAAACAGCCACUUCACAGCACAUCACUCACCACCCUGUUUAUGGUAUUGUUUGCUAAAUGUGCAUGUUAUUGUAAAACACCACUGAGCACAUUUUUGGCCGUAUUCAUAGCAAUGUGCACAGUGUAAAAAGAAGCAUCACCAAGGUGACAUUGGGAGUAAAAUAGCCUGUUUGAGCUAAGUGAACAAGUCCAAUGUAAGCCGCGGUCAGCGGUACGUCCUGCUGUGGUUCGAGCUCACGCAUCCGCCGUGGCCAGCUGUCCCUUCGCCACUGCCAAAGGACAAAUAAGAAAAACACUCAACUUCAUUCUUCCCCCUGAAGAUUGUUUUCAUUCACCAGUGAAGGCGGGACGUGCCAAAUCGAACCUCUUGUUGAACUUUGGACACACAAACUGUGGCUAAGGGGAAAAAAAUGUCUUUUUUUUAACAUGGACACAGCUGAGGGAGCGCGGUAGUUAAAGUAAAGACACAGCAAAUGCAACCUAAACAAUUAUAUUUUCAUGUUUAUUCUAAUUUUGAUUUAAAGGAAAUCAAGUGAAGAGAAGAAAAAACAAAUAGAACAAACACUGUAGUGGAAUCAGCAGUUAAUGACUGAGUGUUUUUAAAUGAAAAGAAUUCCACUGCACACAACUGCCACAUAGUAUAUCUGCGUAGACAACGAGCUGGCCGGACUCCUCGUGCUCCUAACGUGAAUACAGAAAGCAGCUGUUUGUUUCUCAGAAAUGUGAGCUCUUGAACAAUAGGCAGGUCACAGUAGUGUUUCAGGACGAUAUUUUUAUACUCCAAAGCUACUCGGUGAGCUAAAAACCCAUGAUUACACAAUCCAGAUGUGCUGGUGGCAAAGAAACGGCAACGAAACAAAUGUGUUAUGUGGUGAAAUGAGAUGAAUUACUAUGCUGUUUUUAUUCAUUCUUUCUGAUUGUAUUGAGCCCCCCCCCCUCUCUCUCGUGUCAUAUGUCUGCACUGGUAAAGGGUAUCCCUUUUGUUUUGUUGGAAGUUAAUUUGACAACAUUGUUUGUCUGUACAUUUCUCGUUUCCUUUUUCUGUGGAGGUCAGAGGGGAGUAAACUGUGUCUGUUUCCCUCUGAUUCAAUCCGUCUGAGACCGCAGGAUCCAAAGGAACAAACUAAUACAAAAAACAGACAAAUUGGUUGAAGACCACAUUUAUCGAGUUGUUUAAUAGAAAACAAUGUUCCAACAGAGUUGGAUCCUGAGGGCAUUUUUUUUAAACAAUAUUCAGCAUGAGCACAAAGUACUUGCUUAGUGCUGUGAUUUAAAAUGAGAACAGCUCAGAGAAUGUGAAAAUGUAAUUAUGUACACUUUUGAUGGUUUGAUAACUGCCCCUUCUCUGCAUAGUAGUAGUACUAUGUAGUAGUACUCGUGGUAGUACUAGUGUUUGGUAAUUCCUGCCUUCUGACAGAUGUUACAAAUAGAAGAACUUCCGUUGCUGCCGAGUUCUCCAAUGAUUCUCCUCAGAGGUUUGGUGGUCCGUCCACAAGGAGGCGCUGUUGUGUUCGAUUUCACUUCCGUUUCUUAUCUGUUUGGCAGAAAGGCAGCAACACCACAUCUGGAUGACACGGUUCUGAAAGCGUAUACAUGGUCACUCAUUACUAAGCCUGGAUGUGAUGGUUCUGUGCUGUACGCGGAUUUGACUGAAGAGACGACGGCGCCGCCUUAUGAAGUACAAGUGACUUAUUCUGCAUCCCCUCCUAUGUUCAAACACGGAAGUAUAUGAGUGAAAUGUGGAUGAUUUGGACACAUGUUUUUCUGGUGACAACUGAAAUUAGAGCCAAUCACUUUUUUAAAAUUUUAUUAAUGGUUUAGUGCUGUGGAAUAAAAUGCUCAUUACAGUAAA